AACCCGACCAGGGAGCGGGGACGGCAGCCGCGCCCGGGGACGGGGAGGACGGCAGCACUGGGGACAAGGACACUCGCGCCCCGUGCCCUCCCCCGGCGCCCGCGGUCGGCCAUGGGGAACGGCAUGAGCCAGAUCCUUCCUGGCCUCUACCUUGGGAACUUUGUUGAUGCCAAAGACCUGGAGCAGCUAAGCCGGAACAAGAUCACCCACAUCGUUUCGAUCCAUGAAUCCCCCCAGCCCCUGCUGAAGGAUAUUACCUACCUCCGCAUCCCCCUGCCUGACACCCCUGAGGCCAACAUCAAGAGGCACUUCAAGGAAUGCAUCAGUUUUAUCCACCAGUGUCGCCUGCAUGGAGGGAACUGCCUCGUCCACUGCCUCGCUGGCAUCUCCCGCAGUACCACCGUGGUCGUUGCGUACGUCAUGGUCGUCACGGAGCUGAGCUGCCAGGAGGUGCUGGAUGCCAUCAGAACCAUCCGGCCCGUCGCCAACCCCAACCCUGGCUUCAGGCAGCAGCUGUCUGAGUUUGGUGGCAGCGCAGCCCGCAAGGUCCGCAGGCACCUGAAGCAGAGGUAUGGGACGUCCCCUUUCAAUGAUGAGGAAGAAAUAAAGGCCUUGCUGCCAGCAGGGAGAGAAGGAACAUCCAGGACAGAGGGAGCUCAGCAAGGACUGGUCCCAAGAGCCAGAGACAUCAGAAGCACAAGUCCCUUCCUGCUGCGGGUGAAGAGGACGUUCUCCUGCAUCCCAGCUUGUCUGAACUCCCCACACUCGCGGGAUGACCUGCUGAUCCCAGGGAGGACACAGUCCCUGGGGCUGGGAGGCAACAGCAGGGAAUGGGCACCCACCCCUUCCCUCCACCUGCAGCACAGGCCGGGCUGGAGGUCGAUCACCCAGGACUCUGCAGGAGCCAAUGAGCAACAGAAAGAGCCUAAAAUCUCCAUUGGUGUACAUGGGUGCACUGACUGUGAGGGCAUGAAACCCCCGAGAUGCCUUUGUUGGGGGUCCCUCCCGGAGUCCCACAGCUGUACUGCUCAAUUACUGCACCACUUGUUCCUGAACUCGGAUGUCAGACACCGCUGCGGGAAACCUGACGCAAAGAAAAAAUUUAAGAACCGUCCCCUCUGUCGUGGAGCAGCCAGAGCCGGCAGCGUGGGCCGGGAAAAGGAAAGUGAAAGCCGGAGCCGCUUUCGGUUUCGCCGCCGGGCCGCGAUGGCGGAGCCGGGGGCGCCCAUGCGGCUGAAGGAGUGGCUGAUCGCGCAGAUCGACAGCGGCCGGUACCCGGGGCUGCGCUGGGAGAACCGGCACCGGACGCUCUUCCGCAUCCCCUGGAAGCACGCGGCCAAGCAGGAUUACCGGCAGCAGCAGGACGCCGCGCUCUUCAAGGCUUGGGCCAUCUACAAAGGGAAGUACCAGGAAGGGACGGACAAGGCUGAUCCCUCCACCUGGAAGACUCGUCUCCGCUGUGCCCUCAACAAGAGCACCGACUUCCAGGAGGUGCCUGAGCGGAGCCAGCUGGAUAUCUCUGAGCCUUACAAGGUGUACCAGAUCGUGACUGACAGAGCCUGUGAUGCAGAGGACAGUGACACCCAGUCCCCAGGCAGUGAGGACCAGCAGGGCAGCACUACAGGGAGUCCAAAGAAGGAGGAAAGCCAGAAAGACACACUGGAGACAGACCACGGACCUCCACAGCCCCUGCUCUCUGCCCGUCCAACUGAGAGAGGCCAGGAGAGCACCUGGGAGUCCUCGAGGACAACUGCCCAUGGCCCUUUACUGCCUCAUCUCUGCCCUGGUCUAGGGUACCUCGUGAGGGGAGUCUUCUACAGCUGGAACCCAACCCAUGGCCAGUUCCUCCCUAGACCCCAGUCCUACCUCCCUGUGGAAGAUGUCAACAACUCAGAUUGCUGGCUCCACAUCCGCCUCUACUACUGCGACGUGCUGGUGAAGGAGGUGACCACCCGCACGGCCGAGGGCUGUCGCAUCACCAGCCGUGCCGUGCCGGCCGACAGCGAGCGCCUCUACGGCCCCUCCUGCAUGGAGCAGAUCGAGUUCCCCCCGCCGCAGGCACUCAGCGGCCACGGCCACGCGGCCGCCAUGGCCAACGUGCUGGAGCGGCUCCUGCCCCACCUGGAGCGCGGGGUGCUGCUGUGGGUAGCGCCCGAGGGGGUCUUCAUGAAGCGCCAGUGCCAGGGCAGGGUGUACUGGAACGGGCCACUGGCCCCACACAGGAACUGGCCCAACAAGCUGGAGAGGGAGAAGACCUACAAGCUGCUGGACACGCAGCAGUACCUGCAGCAGCUGCGGGAGUACCUGAGCAAUGGGCAGCUCAUGCCGCAGUACCAGAUCCACCUGUGCUUCGGGGAGGAAUACCCCACCAGAGCCGGGCACCCCUUCCAGAAGCUCAUCAUGGCCCACGUGGAGCCGGUGUUCGCACGGGAGCUCUUCCAUCACGCCCAGCGCUUGAGGCCAACGCUGCUCCGCAACUCCCCCCAGCCCUGUGCCCCUGGCACCUCCAGCCACGUUAUUCAUGUCCUCAAACAGCUCUGCCAGCCCUGAGCUGGGCAGGAGAGGAGAGCUCAGUCACCAUAAGGUCUCAGAGCAGGAGGCUCUGAGCCCCACAGCCUUACUCCAGCUGCGUGUCCCGAGGCAGAGUGCACGGGGUGCUCAGCGUGAGGAACCAGAUGCAGAUGGGUUCUGGCCAGGGUGGGCGGGCACUGCUGCCCUCGUGAGUGCUGUAUUUAUUGCCCAGGAGGUCCCCAGGUGGGAUUUGCUGUGUGCCUGUUCAGCCAGUCAGGGCAGAGCUGGCUCCAUCCUUGCACCGCUGGGACUUGACAUUUGUGAAACUUAGAAAUAAAGGUUGUGUUUUGGUACCAGUGUCAGGGGCUGGCUCUAGUGUGGGGGACUGGUGCC